AUGCUUCCAUGUCUUGAAAAAGUUUAUUAGAUGGUUCUGUAAACUCAACUCUAAUUUCUAGAUACUGAUCCAAUACUCUAAAUAAAAUUGCAAGAUCCAUAUCGAUUGAUUUUAAAGAAAGAAUUUAUGCACAUAUAUAAGGAUGAUGAACCAUUUAUUUAUUUUUCAAUCUGCUUCCCAAAUUUAAUUCAAUGGCAUAUUAUAAAAAAUAUAUUGAUUGGAUUUUCAAUUAAGGGAUUUGAAUUUACAAGUCAUCAAGGUGAUUUACUAAAAAAACUAAAACAAAUCUUGGCAGGAAGAUUAUUUUUUUCUAGAGUUCAAGAUUUUUUUAUACCUUUACAAACAUUAGGUAAGGGAAGUUCUUCAAAAGUAUUAUUGGUGAAGGAAAUAGAUAGUGGAGAAUUUUAUGCUGCAAAAUGUGUAUAGAAGGAAGAAAUGCAAUUUUAGGAGAUUGAAAUCAAUAAUUAAUUAUAGCAUCCUGCAUUUAUUACUGUUAAAGAAGUGUAUUAAGGAGAAACCAGUUAUUACAUUGUGAUGGAUCUAUUAUCAGGUAAAAAUUUAUAAUCGUUUCUCGGACAUCAUAAACCUUUACCCUUAGAAUAAACAAAAUCAAUAAUGCAUGUAUGAUGAUCAAUAAAUAUUAGAGGCCUUAUUGGAGGGAGUAGAAUACAUGCAUUCUAAGAAUAUUAUGCAUAGAGAUAUUAAACCAGAAAAUAUAAUACUAGAAAUAAAAGGAGGAUAAGUUAGACUUAAGAUUGUUGAUUUUGGAUUAGCUACUUAUAGUACUUUGAGUAAUAAUUAUUAAAACACUAUAUAGAAAGAUUUAAAUAUCCUAAAUGUGGGACUCCAGGAUUUGUGGCUCCAGAAGUCGUUAACUUAUAAAAUAGUAAUCAGACUUAUGAUAAGGUUUGUGACAUCUUUAGUUGUGGAGUAAUCUUUUACAAAUUGUUAACAGGGAGAGAUGUUUUUCCAGGAUCUGGUUUUACUUAUGUUUUGGAACUCAAUAAAAAAUGCAAUAUUGAUUUCUCUCAUUUAACUCUUUAAUAAUUGCCUGUUAAUUUGACAGUAUGCAUUUUUAUUAUUGAGGAAUCUUGUUUAAAGAAUGCUAUCAAGGGAUCCCAAAUUGAGACCUACAGCUACAGAAUGUUUGAAUCAUGA